GUAACAUAAGUAACUAUAACAGCAUUUUCUUUCUACUAUCAUAAUUUAACUCCAAAAAGUUCCUUCGAAAGACAUCAAUUUCACUCAAGUGACCUCAUCAAAGAAAUUACGUCAACUUUCAAAAAGUUCAAGAAAAUAUGCGGAGACUAUACCGGGCCCUAACGGUCAUAGGGAUAUUACUACUUCUUCAAGACUCCGGAAAUGCAGCAGAUGACUGCAGAGAAGGGAAUCAAGACAUCUAUUUUCUCGUCGAAUCGUCACUAAGUGUCAACCCGUCUUCGUUCAGAUUGCUGAAAAAUUAUAUUCGAGAUGUCGGGAAACAACUUGGAGUUGGGCAAACCGCUAAUAGAAUUUCUUUAACAUUGUUCAACAAAGAUAUUCAAGAUAUUAUUGAUCCUAAAGAUGUGAAGGGAUUCAAGGAUUUAACCCAACGUCUUGAUGCCACAUCCCACUGGAAUGGGAAAACAAAAACAACGAACCUGGGAAACGCAAUGGAGUUCCUGACUGAUUCGAAGUUCACUGACGAACGAGGUCGCCGAGAAGACACGAAAGCAGUGUGCGUCAUCAUAUUUGAAGGAUCUUCAUCAGAUCAAACUGAGAAGGCUGCUGGAAAGCUUAGAACAAUGUGCCGUAUUCUGGUGAUGGGCGUCAAUAGACCCAACUAUUACGAAUUAUCAAAGAUCGGCUCCAAACCUACCAUGGGACACGUGAAGACUUUGCAAUCGUACAUUGAUCUCAUCAGAUUCGUGAAGUGGACGGCUGCAACAAUAUGCAAACCACCUAUCGCGGCGAUGAGAAUGGAAAAGGGCAGAGUUGCAGACACAUCGAUCCAAAUAAUCUGGGAGACUCAGCCAUAUGCUUCAAAAUAUAUUGUGCAGAUACGUAAUUCUGGCAAAUCCAAGGCGCUCAAAGUUUUCAAGCCGGAACCUACAGAUAACAAUGUAACAUUCACUGGCUUGAAGGAGGGAACCAGCUACUCGAUUGACGGUUGGGCAGUCGAUCAUGAUGGAGAAAAGGGACCAAGAUCUGUGCUAUACGUGUCGUCAGGUAUAAAAGUUCCAAAGUUGAUAUUGGAUGAAUUGUCUGUGACAAAGACAACCGCAGUCGUCCGAUGGAAAAUGGCGAGACUGCCCGGCGUAACUUAUUUCAUCACAAUACGGGAUUUGGUAACACAAUCGCUUUUUCUGAGCACCGGAGUAUCCGGAUCCAGUCAUUUAAUCAAAAAGAUGCGUCCAGGCACCUCCUACACAGUGGAAAUUGCCGCUGUAUAUAAAGGAGCGAAAAGCGAUAGCAACCAGAGGAUUGUUAUCAAUACAGUGCCUGAUCCACCACGACCGAAGACUAAGUACGUGACAGAUAGAGCUGUGAGAUUGGAAUGGGAACCUGUAAGAGGUUCUGCCAUCUACGGAAUCCGUACAUACGAUACAGAAACAGGAAAGUUAGAACUUCUUGUCAGAAUUGAUGAAACAGAAAAUACCACUUUUGAAGUUAAACCGCUUUUAUCGGGAAAACGUUACAAGUUCACGUUGACAUCCAAAACAAAAGGAGGACAAGAAAGCGACGAAAGUCCGCCUAUAUUUGAGAGAAUAGCUCCAUCGAAUCCUAGAAAAAUCAAUCUGAUCUCAAGAAAUACCAGAAUGAUCAAGAUUGGCUGGGAAGCGCAGGAAACUGUCUCACAAUACAUGAUCCAAUUCAAGCUGGAAAUAUCCCCAGAUUUACUGACACGGAUAGUCAACACGACGGAGUUUGUUGCAGAAGGCCUGGUCAGUGGGGGGAUUUACCUGUUCAAAGUUUUUUCAAUCGGAACAGACUCAAAGACUGACACGGAGAAUCCUGCUGUUGCAAAGAUCCAAUCAGUUCCCGCUAAGGUCGAAGGAGUUCGAAUCCAAGAAAUCACAGAGAACUCUGUCACCAUGCAAUGGAACAAUAUGAGAGGGGCAGAGGAAUAUCUUGUAACGUUCAAGAACUCAUUGACUGGCAAAGUUCUGAGAAAAGAGAAAGUGAAAUCAGACAGCAUCAAGGCCACGGAUUUGAAAACUGGAAUCACGUAUCACAUCACCGUGUCAUCUGUUGGAUUGAACGUCGUUGGAAGAGAGAGUGACCCGCAGGUGGUUGUAACAUUGCCUGAUGUCCCAGAGAAGCCAACUCUUAUCAAGAAAACCAAUAAAACUUUGACGUUUCAAUGGAAAGCCGUUCCAGGCGCCAUACAAUACGUCGCUGAUAUUCAAUCCGAGGAUGCCACGGGACCCACACAGUUUAGAACAAGAAAAACUAGCUUCACGUUUGAAGAGUUGAAGCCUGGUACCUGGUACACUUUGCGUUUACGAUCUGUGGGAAGUGGCGGAAGAAUCAAUAUGAGGAUGAGUGAAGCUGGGGAAGGACAGACAGUACCUGCUGUUCCAAAGAAAGCCAGAAUCAGCGAACUCACUGCUUCGUCUGUGACUAUCAAGUUCAACAAAGUAAAAGCUGCAACUGGAUAUAUAAUCAAUAUCCGAAUGAUCGGACGUAAAGGACUUUUUGAGACUCGUAACACAACUGAAACUGAAUAUAAUGUCGUGAAUCUUGAAUCAGGCGAAAGCUAUCUGGCUGGAAUAAAAGCUUAUGCUUACGAUGGGUCGAUCAGUGCAGAGAGUGAGAAUACCUUGAUGAAAACAAUGCCAAGUGCUCCUGACAAGCCAAGAGUUCUUUCUGUUUCAUCGAGAACGGUCACCUUAGAAUGGGAUGAGGUCAAAGGAGCAUCAGCAUACGUUAUCUCCAUAUCAGACAAACGAAAACUCACAGAAGUUAAGACUGAAGAUACACAGUUUACCAUCGAAGGCUUGACACCAUCAACCCAAUACUCGUUCGGACUUUACUCCGUCGCUAUUGAAGGAACCAGAAAUAAAAAAGAAAGCAAAAGAGUUGAAGCAUUAACUGCACCGCGCCCACCAACUGAUGUUAGAAUUGUGAAUGCUGAAACUACUUACGUUGAGCUGGCAUGGAAUGCAGUUAGAGGAGCCGUUUCAUAAUCGUUCGAUACAAAUCCAUUGGUGAAGAUGAGGGGUUACAAAGCGGGGAAAUGCCGGCAAAGAACCCCUCUUUCCAAGCUAUACGGAAGCUCACAGCAGGAAUGAUAUACGAGUUCUCUG